AGUACUAAUAUUAGAAUGUAUUUAGUUUUAUCAUUUUUGAACAGUGGUUUACUGAUAUUUGAAGAUUUCAAAAGUUAUUCCCUAUUUUUACAGAUAAGCAGCAAAGAUGAAGAUUUUUUAGACCUUUCUGUUGACGUGGAACAAAACACAUCAAUUACUCACUGCUUAAGGGGUUUUAGCAACACAGAAACUCUGUGCAGUGAAUACAAAUACUACUGUGAAGAAUGUCGCAGCAAACAGGAAGCACACAAACGGAUGAAAGUUAAAAAACUGCCCAUGAUUCUAGCUCUACAUCUGAAGAGAUUUAAAUAUAUGGAUCAACUUCAUCGAUAUACAAAACUUUCUUACCGGGUAGUUUUUCCUUUAGAGCUUCGUCUCUUUAACACUUCAGGCGAUGCAACCAAUCCUGAUAGAAUGUACGACCUUGUUGCUGUUGUGGUUCACUGUGGAAGUGGUCCCAAUCGAGGCCAUUAUAUUGCAAUAGUUAAGAGUCAUGAUUUUUGGUUGUUGUUUGAUGAUGAUAUUGUAGAAAAAAUAGAUGCACAAGCUAUUGAAGAAUUCUACGGGUUGACGUCAGAUAUCUCAAAGAACUCUGAGUCUGGUUACAUCCUUUUCUAUCAGUCUCGGGACUGAAGGGGAACCGUGAUGAAGAGAUUUCUGCCUCGUUUCUUCUUUGGUUAUUUUGGAAAGGAUCAAGCACUGAUUUUUCAAGAAAAGAGAAAUGCAGGAAGCUCAGGGGGCAGUAGCACACUUUGCACACAAUAAAGCAAAGACUGUGGAUUAACAAGCUCUUCCUAUCAUGGUAGUUGAUUUAUUUGCUCAGGUAUCAUGCUGUCUGCAGUUCCACACAACAAGGAAGUGAAAUCAGAGAUAGCAGCUCCUCUUGUAAAACAGCCUUCCAGUAAUCGACAUGCAUUUGCUCUUUAUUAAUUGCACCAAUAAUGAUUUGAACUCCUUGGGGGUGCAGCAGAAAGAAGAGGAAUCUAUGCUGGGUGGUCUUGAUAAUUGAAGGAGAUGAUUGUGAACACGCUGCAUAAAUUUGCCUGGGUUGAAUUAUGUAUAGAAAGAAUGUUUGGUGGUCUUUUCAAGCAUAAACCAGAAAUACUUUUGGGCCCAACACUUGCAGUUGCCUUCCUGUUGAAUAAAAACUUAACAGAUACCCAGUGCCAGGAAGACAAAUAUGUUUUGCUUCUCUGAAGAAGCUUAUAAUAAUAUACAGUAUAUGUAUAUGUAGGGAACAAUUGGUCAAAAGUGGCUUUUUGUUUCCCCAAGGGGAAAGACUGGCUUUGUAAUUAUAAUUUUUUUUCUUAUUUAUUUUACUUAAAACUGGUAGAGUCUUAAGUAUUGUAUGAAGUGCCCAUGAUUCUGUCAGUAAAUUUGAGCAUAUUUUUACUACUUUUUGUCAGUUUAACUAGACCUUUUGUUUGUUUCUAUUUUUAAGGUGAAUUUUAAACUUUUAAAUCAGUAAGAUACCUUAAGAAAAAUUGCAAUGAGAGGAGGUAAAUAUUCUUUUUCAGGAGGAACUGAUAUCUCUGGCUAAAUAUUUGUCCUUUUGUUAAUGGUUCAUAAAUCAGUUAUUUCAUUCAGUUUUAAUUUCAGUAAAAUAAGAAACUAUUAAAAAUUCCCUAUGGUUGUUGGAAUGAUAAAAGAAAUUCUGGUGCGGUGCUGGUAUUCCAGUCUUUAGAAUCUUUAAAUACGCUAAUAUUUCAAGUUGAGGCCAUAUUUGGAAAAUUCAUGCCGUAGCGAUUAUGUUACUUUCAAGUGUCAUUCUUUACCUUGGAAAGAAGUAAUCCGUUCAUAACCCCAGCAGCCUGGGUAGCUUGCUAAAAAACCCUUUGAAGAUCAAAUUUUGAUGAAGUAGACCAGGAAUACACAAAGCAAGUCCUUUUUCCUCCUUCCACCUUUACAAAUCUUGCUGGAAGAGUGUUUGGAAAUUAAACUUUGUUAAGACUCCCUUUGGGAGUUUUAAGAAGUAAUAUAUAUAUAAGGCAAUGUGUGUAAAUUAUCGCAGUUGACACUUUUCCAUGCAUCAGUAAGUUCUCUGACAGUGGCCAAAAGCCACUUGUCGAAAAUAAUUGAAUAUAUAUUCAGAAUAAUAGCAAUCAGGCCAUGGAUAUUCUUUAUCAAAGUCUUUUCAGGCAGUAAUCUUGUUUUUAAUUGCUGUAAUUUUCUAAACUUAUUUUACUAAUACUGAUGAAGACAAAAAACAACAAAAAAGAAUGUUUUUGUCUGCUGCUAUUAUUAACAUUUAUUAUUUGUAUCUUUUAGCUCAGGAAAUGACUUCACCUAUUCCUUCCAUGAACAUAUCUUUAACAGGGUCAUUUAGCUAAUUGGGCUGUGCUGGGAGAAAAUCAUAUUGUAUUUUGACAAAUUGCUUUUUAAGGUAUAGUUUCUAAAAUCAGGGUAACCUGGCUGGAAUUGUUUUGUACAAAUUACAGAGCCUGCCUGAUCUACCAACAUUGCACAGAGAAUCACAACCAAGAAUGUGGGAAGGUCAUAGCAGUGGAACUGGAUACAUUGUUUAUUUUGAGGGCUUAAACCAAAUUGUCUUGGAAUUUAAAGCUGUAUUUCUGUAGCUUUCAGUACAGAGGAGAGGAAAGUGAAGCUGAGUCAGUUUUUAUGUGAGUCAGGCCACAGCAUGUAUAAGAAAGAUAGAUGAAGUCAUUUGCAUAAAGGUACAGCGUUGGAAUACCAUGUUGUGUUUGUUAUUACAUUGUGCAUUCUAAAACCACAGUCAAAGCCAAGGGUACAUUUCACAUUAAAGCAAAUCAUAGCAUUUUUAUUGAGUUCCAUGGUAGUCACACACUGUUCACAUCUACACCAUAUUUAAUAGUAUGGUUUUGUCAGGGGAAGGGACUGUGGGAUGACGGUUCUCAAUUUACUUUUUACUGAGUGCAGCUGCAUCUAAGUACAAUGUUUGGAAGCUUAUCAGAAACUCAAUAUACUUUAAAAACAUGUAGGGAUAGGGUUGGGGGGGAACGCAGAUAUAGUCAGAAAAGUGACCCAUAUAGAAAGCAUUGUGAGGCUGUCGGUUGACUGUGAUUGAAGUGAGGGGCGGGUUUAAGUUGUAAAUGAUGGCUGAUUGCUAUCUAUGUAUAUGUUUGUUGGGAUGGCUGUCCCAUAUUUUGUAUAUUGGAAUAAAAGUUUCUAUAAAUUAUCGUAACUAAAAGUAAAUAUUCUAAAUUAAGUCUCGCUUCUGAGUCAUAUGGCUUCUGUCUUGGAAACUUCACCUUUAGGAGAAUUCUUAAGACAAGCCAUGCGACUUCAGGAAAAGGGAAAAAAGGACAUGUGUAAUAUAUGGGUCUUGUUGCCUCUAACCAUCAGUAUAGGGUUUUUUCUUUCCUUGAUGGCGGUAGAAAGACCUCAUUUUCAUAACAUACUACUCUUGAUACUUUCUUUAGAGAUACUUUUCAUUAAAGAUUCUCUCAUGAGGUAUUUAACUGGGAGCUGGGAGGCUAAGGCACUCAGGUCCUGGCUCUUCAGUGAAUUUAACUGUGUGACCUUGGGCAAGUCACUUAACCUCUCUGUGCUUCAGUCUCCCUAUCUUGUAAAAUGGGAGUCAUACCUACCUCACAGGGUUGUUGUGGGGAUUAAUUAGCUAUAAUGUCUGUAAAGCAUCUAAGGUUCUUGAAGAAGGCGCUAUAUAAAUACAAAAUAAUAUCUAUUAAAGUUGGUUUAUUUGUG